CACUGCUCGAUGGCGAAGAGCACGAAGCGACCGCGCGAGUCGGCGCCCAAGAGCCGUGGCGGCAGCGACUUUGUGGUGGUGAACCCGUCCUUGCUGCGCGGAACAGAGGCGCCUGCGCCCAAGAAGGCCAAGAAGGACACCACCAAGAAAGAGUCAAAGCCCGAUGUGAAGAAGCCGAAGUCAAAGUCUACCGAGAGCAAACCCACCAAGGACGCGCCAAAGGCAAAGCCCAGUGGCGUGUAUCAUUGCGACGUCUGCGAUUUGGACGUGACGAUGGGCGCCAAGGCCAUGCAUGAGCAAGGCAAGAAGCACAAGCGGGCUCUGGUGUCGAGUGGCCCCGUCACGACGCCGUCUGACAACGCCGACGCGCCCGCCGAUGGAGCAAAGGUUGCUGCCGCGUCGUCUGCCAAGGUGGACGUGGCCAAGGUUGCUCCUGCGCCGACGUCGGUGCAGUAUGUGCACGCCUCCCGCCCCGAGGACUUUGUCGGGGCCGUGUACGCGCUCCUCGACAUGCAUAACCUGCGCCGUGCGCUUGUCGUUGUGCCCAACAAGGGCCACGCGCUCUUGCAGCCGCAGUUGGUCGCUGGAGCGCUCAAGCACCUUGGGUUUACGGCCCUCGCGGUCCACGCCAAGACGCCGGCCACGCAGCGCCAGCAGACGCUCGAGAAGUUCCGGUCGUCGUCGUCGAUAGUCCUUGUAGCCACCGAGCACUUGGCUAAAGGCCUUGCGUCACCAAGUGCCGUGUACGUCAACUGUACACCGAGCAAACCGAGUGGCGUUCUCUACGUUGUGCUGGAGAAGGACGCGGCACCAGCCAGCGACUGGGCGCCUGUCACGCCGUGGAACAAACUCGCGCUGCAAAAAGCGUCUUCGCGCGCCGCGAUGGCCAAGACCAUCCAUGAGCUCACCACCCAGGACGUCGACAAUGAAGCGCAAUGGAUCCAGAAGCUCGCGUCUGCGUCCGGGCUCGACGCCGACGAGAUGCCCAAGGCCAAACCGUCGGCCAACCGCCAAAAGCUGGCUGCAGUUGCUGAGAAACUCUUCCUCCACAUGGGCUAUCCGCUCACGUACUCGGGUCCUAUCGACGUCGCAGGCAUGAAGGCCAAGAUGACUGCUGUCGGGCUCCAUGUGCAGUCGGCAGCCACGGGCAUGUCGCUGCACGCAACCCGGCUCUCGGCGCAGACGCAGUGGCUCGACGCUGCGUCGGGCGGCGCCUUUGGCGGCGAGUGGGACGGGUCGGUGCGGCACGGCGCGUCGAAAGACAGCACGUCGCUCCAAGUCCGCGCCGAAUUUUGUGCCCAAAAGUCCACGUGGCAGCCCAACCCCAAGCCGGCCGACGCUGCCGAGUGGGGCGGACCCUACGGCAAACCCUGCGGCCACAACGAGGUGGUUAUGCACCGGCUGCGUCCAUUCUUCCCGCAAGAAGUGUUGAACGCGCGCAUUUGCAGCCGCGAAAAGCCCGCGCCUGCCAACGACGGCUACGAUGGCUGCCUCGAGCAUCUCCAGUGGCGCUGCAUCUCGAGCGGCAAGGCCAUGACCGUCUGGGACUCCGAGCAGUGGGUCUUCGUUGCUGCAAAUGGUGACGUGCGCCGUAUCAACAAGACGGCGGCGCUGCACCUGCCGCUGCCGCGCCUCAAGUGGACCAUGGCCAACUUUCGCGACCACACGCUGCGCUGCGAGGGCCAGAUCCCACCGGCGCACCUGCUGCAAACGAUUUCGUACUUAGGCUUUUGCGGCGGCGUCCAGCAGGACGAGAACGCACCGCAGGUGUGGGGCCUGCCGAAGCGCGCACGGCAGAUGAUUGUCGGCUACCUCGUGUCGGGCUCGCCAGAGCAGUGGACGCGCCUCCUGAUUACCAAGUAGAAGCUUACGUAGCUCUGUAUUCAAGUUGAUCUGGCACAACGGUCGUACAGCGUUUGCUUUCGUGUGCAUCGACGAUCGCGUGUUGAGGAUUCAUUUGCCACCAAAUGUGUAAAACACAUACUUUACACGGUGGGAAACCAUUUCCACGGCGAGA